UAGAAAGCGGUGAGUCCCUCAUUUUUUUUGGUCGACUUAUAAAUUCGUUUUAUAUUCGUUGCGAUAUACUGUGAGUAAUCAAACGUCAUUAAAAUGUCUGCUGCUAACGAGAACGGUGCGCGACUCACUCAGUUCAAAAACAAAGGAAAAGAUGCAACCGAGCUGAGACGUCGAAGGAUCGAAGUCAACGUUGAACUUCGUAAAGCAAAGAAAGACGAGCAGAUUUUGAAAAGGAGAAACGUGAGCAGUCUCCCGGAUGAGGCCACCUCUCCUCUUCAAGAGAAAAGCCAGAACUGUCAGGCUCAGCACUGGACGGUGGAGGAGAUUGUAAACGGUGUGAACAGUAAUAACUUGGAGACCCAGGUCCAGGCCACCCAAGCUGCCAGGAAGCUGCUGUCACGAGAGAGGCAUCCCCCUAUAGAUCGAAUCAUCAGCGCUGGUUUGAUUCCCAAGUUCGUGAGCUUCCUGAGCUUAGUAGAGUCUCCUCCCAUACAGUUCGAAGCCGCCUGGGCCCUGACUAACAUCGCAUCUGGAACAUCUGACCAGACCAGCGCUGUGGUUCAGGGAGGGGCCGUCCCAGCCUUCAUCGGCCUCAUCUCUUCACCACAUGCUCACAUUAGCGAGCAGGCAGUCUGGGCCCUCGGGAACAUUGCUGGUGAUGGGUCCGCAUACAGAGAUAAAGUCAUUAAGCAUGGUGCAAUUGCUCCCCUCUUAGCUCUGCUGGCUGUUCCUGACUUCUCUGUAUUUCCUUCGGGUUACCUAAGGAACGUCACCUGGACCCUGUCGAACCUGUGCCGCAAUAAGAACCCUGCACCUCCCCUGGAGGCCGUCAAACAGAUGCUGCCAACACUUAUUCGUCUUUUACAUCACAAUGAUAAGGAGGUGCUGGCGGACACCUGCUGGGCCAUCUCGUAUCUGACCGAUGGGCCCAACGAGAGGAUCGAGGUCGUUGUGGAAACCGGCGUGGUUCCUCAGCUGGUGCAGCUACUAGGAUCAGGGGAGCUCUCCAUUGUGACCCCUUCGCUGCGUUCCAUUGGAAACAUCGUCACCGGCACGGACGAGCAGACCCAGGCAGUGAUCAACGCCGGCGCUCUUUCCAUGUUCCCUGCUCUGCUGCGCCACCAUAAGAACAACAUCCAAAAGGAGGCGUCCUGGACCCUGUCCAACAUCACCGCUGGCAGGGACUAUCAGAUUCAGGAGGUCAUCAAUGCUGGCAUUGUCCCUCACCUGGUGGAAGUUCUCAGGCGGGGUGAUUACAAGACCCAGAAGGAGGCCGUGUGGGCAGUGACCAACUACACCAGCGGGGGCACCGUAGAGCAAGUGAUUUACCUGGUUCAGACCAACGUGCUAGAGCCCCUGCUGAACCUGCUCUCCACUAAGGACAGCAAAACCAUUCUUGUCAUCUUGGAUGCAAUCAGCAAUAUCUUUCUGGCUGGCGAGAAGAUUAACGAGGUUGAAAAGCUGUCCCUGAUGAUUGAGGAAUGCGGCGGCCUGGACAAAAUCGAGGCUCUUCAGUCCCAUGAAAACGAAAUGGUCUACAAGGCCUCCCUCAACCUCAUCGAGAAGUAUUUCUCUGGAGAGGAGGAAGAGGAUGAGUGCGUCGCCCCUGAAGUGACGACCGAUGGCUAUGCGUUCCAGAUCAGCGAAAACCAAAGCACUUUCAACUUCUAAACUGUGAUAUUUUUUGUAUGCUUGUUCUGAACAUUUUCUGCACACCACUCGUCUUGUUCAUGUCUGUCUUUUUGUAAGGACCUCAUGUUUCAAGUUGUACAUAUGAAUGCGUUUCAAUUUUAUUUGUUGUAAAUAAAAGAAAAAAGGAAAAAAAAA